AUGGAAUGUCGUUUUCUGCUCAAUCCCAAUGAUGUUGAUCAGACGGGUCAUCCUCGGCUGCUCGUAUCUCAUGGCAAAAACCUCAAAAACCACGCACUCUACAACGUACUCAAAAACCAACACGUUGACUUAAACAUACCAGAGGUAGUCUCGAAGCUAGUGUUCUUCACCUCAUACGGUAAUAGGCCCAUCCUCAUCGACUUACACAAUGAUCCCCGACAUUCCAUCCAGGAUUGCGGUUGUUGUCUCCUAAACAUAACCUUUGGCCAAACAAUUCGUAUCCCGCACAAGUGGAUAUUCAACUACAACACGUUUUUUGAAUGCGUCCUGUGCGGGCCCCCGACCGAACCCGACUACCACCUCAUCAUCCUCCUGACCGUUUGUCUUGAUGGUGCGUGUGGCGACGGAGGAGCUCUACACGUGGCCCGUGAAGCCGAGUGCAACCAAGGACUUUAUAGUCGAGUCGUGGAUGAUGGGGAGAUGCUUGUAGUUCGGGCGGUCGUGCAGAGGUACAGGGACUUGUUCGAAAACGUGGCGUAUUUCAAGGUUUCCCGCAUAAUUAUGGGGAAUGAGAAUAAGGAGUAUGUGGAGGAGCUGAUGAGCAUAGGGAACCGUGCCCUUUUCUUAGGGAAGAACGGGAGCACGACAUGUUUUGCGGACGGGUCCUCAUCGGGGGUUAGAAGGAACUCGAUAUAUUAUUAUUGGGACGAUCGGAAUUUGUAUGUGUAUGAUUUCGAAGAUCGGAGCACGACACCACUCAGGCCGUGUCCGGUUAAGGCGCCAGCUCGUGCCACAUCACGCCGAGAAUGGAAUUCCGACCUGACUGGACGCCACAUCAGCUAUUCCGGCGAAAAUGAGCACCGGAAUGUCAUUUUGGACUAA